AUGUUUUCAAAUUGUUAUUCAUUGACCGAAGUCAAUUUUACUGGUUAUGAAUUGUAUCCUAAAGCCUUUCAGUUCUGUAUCAAUCUCAAGAAGUUUACUUUUCAAUACGAAGAAAUUCAUAUUGAAGAAAUUCCUGAUUAUUGUUUCUAUGGCUGUGUUAACUUGGAAGAGAUUAAUAUUCCUGAUAGAAUAACAGAAAUUUAUGACUUUGCAUUUUAUAAUACAUCACUCAGAAAUGGAAUAAAUCUCAAUAAAGUUCAAUCUCUCGGGCAAUACUCAUUUGCAUUUUCAAAACUAACAUCAAUUACAAUCAAAAAUGCAAUAAAUUUCAAUUCAGAAAACGAUUACUAUGUUCUAGAUUACGAUAACCUACAUAUUUUUGAUCAUUGUGAUAAUCUUGAAAAAGUGAUAUUCGAGAAGAGUGGUUUUAUAUCCUUAUAUGAAUUUAUAAAUUGUAAAGAAUUCAAAACAUUGGAAACAAAUGGCGCUUUUAAACUCAUGGAUGGAAUGCUAUGUGUAACUAGAGGAUAUGAAGAUUCUAGAAGAUAUGAAGAUUAUAGAAGAAAUGAAGAUUCUACAAAUAACAUAACUGCUAUAUAUUUGUAUAAUAUAUCAGCAAAAUAUGAAAGAGUAACAAUUCCAGAAAACAUUUUUGGAAUUUUAUUUUUUGCAUUUCGGUAUGCAAAUAACAUUAAAACUAUUGCAAUAUCACAUACAAUGCAAAUUUUACCAUAUGCAUUUGCUGAUAUGGCAUCUUUAGAAGAAGUUUAUUUUAAUUCCAAUGAAAUUCCAUAUGUAUGCUUUUACAAUUGCACAAAACUAUCGAAAGUUACUCUCUCAGAUAAUGUUAAAAGAAUUAAUAAGUAUUCAUUUGCGAAUACAAAUUUGACAGAAAUUGUUUUACCUCUUUCUUUAGAAAAUAUUGUUAUUCCAUUUAUCAAUACAUCAAUCGCAAAAAUUGGAUUCAAAGAUGGACAAAAUCAUCCUGAUUUUAUUGCUACAAAGAAUGAAUUCAUUAGAAUCAAUCAUGAUAAGAAUGAUGAAAUGGAAAUAAUGUUUCUAUUUGGUAACAUUUCAAAUAAGAUAACAAAGUUAACAGAAGGAAUUAAAAGUAUCAAUUUAGAAAGCUUAAAAACAAAUUCUGAUGAUAAUGUAAUAUUGAUGCUUCCUCAUUCAAUCCAAAAAAUUGAAAUUUAUGAAACAGACUAUGAAGACCUCCAUUAUUAUAGAGAAGAAAUUGAUGGAAUUCGAGUAACUAUUCAUGAAGAUUAUCAAUAUAAUUAUGAAAUUAGUUACCCAAAAUUGUGCUAUGAUUGGAUAAACCCAAUUCAGGUUUUAGGUGAUGAACCAUAUGAUCAUGAUCAUAUAGAGUUACGCGAAAUUAUGGAAAGAACUAGCUCUGGACCUAAAGUUGAGUUUUACUCGUUGACAUAUCCUGAGUAUUAUAUCGGCUUUAUUGAAGUAAUUAACAAGAGUUGUGAAUCUAACUUGAAUUAUGAAGAAGAAAACGCUACAAAACCACAAUGUAAUAAUCAGUAG